ACGACGCACGCACGCACGCACACACACACAUGUCUUCACUCGAGCUCCACUCACACUCAGAGAGAGCAGCGCAACCCGUCAUGGUUAUCUGAGACUCAAGGACAGUCUGGCUUCUUCUGUGAAACAUCGACGAACAUCACAGAGAGAGAGAGAGAGAGGCUGUCGGAUCGUCCUCCCGGUAGCACACAACCCGGCAUACACACAUGGUUUACCCUUACAUUGGUCUCUUACCUGGUCGUCUCGCCGCCCUUACCAGGAGGGUCUCACUCCAGUCCGUCUCCUCCGGUCGCAAGAUGUCACAUAUAUACCUCACCUCCAAACACAUAGCAGCCCCUCCACGGUCUUUGUGGUCUCUCCUUAAGGAUUGGGCCCUGCUACGUAACAGCAAUGUACCAAAAGGGUUUGAGAAAUAUUUCCCUGGUGCCAAGAAGACCCCAGAACCCAAAGGAACUUCAGCGAGUGGUUCCAAACCGAAAGAAACCCGCAAGAUGCCUCCCCCACCAUUCAAACCAUCCGGAAGCUCAGCAGGCGACAAAAAGAUGGAGUUCUCAUUCAGUUUCAGCAAAAGCAAUCGUGGCCCCUUUAUGGAUCCCAAUGACCCCAACAGUCGUAUCCUCCUCGGAGUACUCACUGGUGUUGGUCUGGUCAGUUUGGUCGGUCUCUACCAAACCCAGUAUCGGGAGAUUACAUGGAAGGAAUUCCUCUCAAACUAUUUAACACGCCAAACGGUUGAGAAACUAGAAGUAGUAAACAAGAAGUGGGUUCGAGUGAAGCUGAUGCCAGGUUCACAAGUGGACAGUUCUAGUAUCAUAUGGUUCAACAUCGGCAGUGUGGAGGCUUUUGAACGGAACCUAGAGAAUGCCCAACUCGAGAUGAACAUUGAACCAGCAAACUUUGUUAAUGUAGUUUAUAGAAGUGAGACAGAGCUGUCAUCUGUAGCCUACUCUGCCCUCAACAUAAUUCUGCCCAUUGCAAUAUUGGUGUGGAUUAUCAGAAGAUCUUCGAACUUACUUCAGGGUGGCCGUUCUGGAGGUCGUGGUGGUGCCGGAGGGAUGUUUGGUUUCGGACAGACAACAGCCAAGAUUAUAAAAGAUGACAUUGGUGUACAAUUCAAGGAUGUUGCAGGUUGCGAAGAGGCGAAGCUGGAGAUUAUGGAGUUUGUCAACUUCUUGAAGAACCCCCAACAAUACAUUGAACUGGGGGCGAAGAUCCCUAAAGGGGCUAUUCUAACGGGCCUCCCAGGAACCGGGAAGACCCUGCUGGCAAAAGCAACAGCUGGCGAAGCCCAUGUGCCUUUCAUCACAGUUUCUGGAUCGGAAUUUUUGGAGAUGUUUGUUGGUGUCGGCCCAUCGAGGGUGCGAGACAUGUUCUCCCUCGCUCGUAAAAGUGCACCAUGUAUCCUGUUUAUUGAUGAGAUUGAUGCUGUGGGUCGCAAGAGGGGUGGACGUAACUUUGGUGGUCACAGCGAACAGGAGAACACUUUAAACCAACUUCUUGUAGAAAUGGACGGCUUCAACACGCAGAGUGGGGUUGUAGUUUUGGCUGCAACGAACCGUGUCGACAUUCUAGAUCCAGCUCUUCUGCGUCCUGGUCGAUUUGAUCGACAGAUUUUUGUUCCCGCACCUGACAUAAAGGGCAGAGCUUCCAUUUUUAGGGUCCACUUGAAGAACCUGAAAACAGAGAUAAACAAGGAUGAUGUUGCACGCAAAAUGGCCUCCCUCACUCCUGGAUUUUCUGGUGCAGACAUUGCCAAUGUAUGUAACGAAGCUGCCCUCAUAGCAGCCAGAGAUUUGAAUCCUUCCAUCUUCUGGAACCAUUUUGAGAAGGCCAUUGAGAGAGUGAUUGCCGGUAUGGAGAAGAAAACCCAAGUACUGCAACCGGAGGAGAAGAAGACUGUGGCCUAUCAUGAGGCUGGACAUGCUGUGGCCGGAUGGUUCCUAGAACAUGCUGACCCCUUGCUGAAGGUGUCCAUUAUUCCCCGUGGUAAAGGUCUUGGCUAUGCCCAGUACCUCCCCAAGGAGCAAUACCUCUACACUAAAGAACAGUUAUUGGAUCGUAUGUGUAUGACACUAGGUGGACGUGUGUCAGAGGAGAUCUUUUUUGGACGUAUCACAACUGGGGCCCAAGAUGAUCUCAAGAAGGUCACUCAGAAUGCUUAUUCUCAGGUGGUCUAUUUUGGCAUGAACAAACGGGUCGGCUACCUGUCGUUUGACAUGCCCCAGCAAGGUGAGAUGGUGUUUGACAAACCAUACAGUGAACAAACAGCUCAGAUCAUCGACGAGGAAGUUCGCCAAAUGGUAGACGAGGCCUAUGCCAGGACCCUUCAGCUUCUCACCAAACACAAGCCAGAAGUAGAAAAGGUUGCUCGUCUUUUGCUGGAAAAAGAGAAAAUUGAUAAAGAUGACAUGGUCAGGUUAAUUGGUCCCCGGCCGUUUGCUGAGAAAACAACAUAUGAAGAGUUUGUAGAGGGCACAGGUUCUUUAGAUGAAGAUGUAAGUCUACCGAAAGGUUUAGAAAGUUGGAACCAGAGCCGGGACGAGGCGGAACCAGGAUCCGAAAGUCAGCCCAAAGAACAGAAGGAGAUGUUUAGCAGUGUUAAAGUGUGAUGAGAAUUGUAAAGAAUUUAGUUUAAAAUAAAUUUUUUAAUUUAAAAAAAAA